AUGCAUACUCCAGGAUAUUCUAAGUUCAAUUCUGUUGAAAGGAGUAUAGCGACACUAUCUGACAAGUUGGAAGGUAUUACAUUACCAAUAAAUUACUUUGGAAUGCAUCUAAAUACGCAAGGCAAAGUGAUAAACCCAGAAUUUGCUCUUCAAAAUUUCAGAUAUGUCAAAAAAAAUACUGAUGGGAGAUUGAUGGAACAGAUAGGACAUUUGGGACAUAUAAAAGACAUAGUUAGGACAUAUAGUUGGAACAUAUAG